AAUAGCGCAUUAUAGAACUAUUGCGUUACUUUAGGCUUUUUUCCGUUCACUGAGUAUAUUCUCGCGUUGAGUGGUUGUCGGUAACGACGAUCACCAUCAAGCGUUCGUGGGCUAUUGUUCAUUUUUUAACGAUAGCAGAUCUAUUAACCAAAGACUAAACGUCACAUGUCUAGCAGAGUGUCUUUAAAACAGAAACUGAUAGGUCAGUUAGAAGAUGCUGAUUCAAUUUUAAGGGACAUACUUUCUGCAGCCUCCAAAAAGAAAUCCUCUGUUACACUGCUCCCUCUCAUAGAAUUAUUGUUGGAAAAAGAUCAACAGCUUAAGGAAACUUAUAAAGAAAUCGAAGUUUACAACGAAAUACAGAAAAAGAUCGAUCUCCUUAAGGCGGAUUGCUCGAAAUCCGACAAACAGAUCCAGUCAUGUCAGCUUCAUUUAAAAAAGACUGAAGUUAUUUUGAGUACUGCUUUAUACUAUUCCAGACAGAAGUUGGACUCAAUGACUACUGCUGUUAAAAAUCCGAUUGAUAUGGAAGAGCUCGUUAGAUUUUCCCACAGGAUUAGCGCUACUCAUGGCGUAAUAGCCCCAGACAACUGGACUCAAGGAGACCCUAGAAGACCAUACCCAAAUAAAGAAGAGAUUCGGCGUGGAUACUUGGGUCAUAUCGAUGAUGCUGGAAAUUUUCGGCAGUCACUUUGGGAUGCUUUGUUGGAUACUGCUGCUGCCGCAGCCUCAAUAGUUAGUUCGUCUACCCCAUCAGUCUCCAGUAGUUCUGGUCCAAAUAGUUUGGGCAACGCGAAUAUAGUGGCGUCUCAGACUCCUGUAUAUCACAGUAACCAAACGCAACCCACAAGUUUAUCGCUAGUCACUUGCUCUCCGAAUAUGAUUCUACCAGGGGUUAACAUGGUUUCCUCACCAAUGUCCUUCUCACAGUCUGGUGGCUCGUCUACAUGGACUGGACCAAAUAUGAACCUCGUCACAGGAAAUCCUACCAGUUCGGAAUUAGCUGGUCCUCAAAUACCAGCUUCUCGACCGCCUUCGACUUCACUAGCCGCUAUGCUUACUGGUACAAAUAUAAUGGAUCAACAUUCUCGUAACACCACAUUGCCUCCACCUCCUCUUAAGCCAGGAAGUGGACAAAUGCAAGCAAGUCAGGCCACGUCUUUCCGGCCAAGUGGUGUCCUACCUCGACCAUCUAACUCUGGAAAUCGACAAGCAUUUCCUUCAUCUCCGAAUUCCUCUGGAUCGCAACAUAUGCAGUAUCCACAUAGUGAUACAUAUCCCGGUUUUAUGCCGAACAGUAAAACAUCUAGACCACAUUCCAAACGUGCACAUCGGAAAAACACAGACACAGAGUGUACGGAAAUGUCAUCUAAUUCCUCUAGUGAUUCAUCCAGUGGUGAGGAAUGACUGUACUUUUGUUACCUUUUCAAUAAAAUUCAAACAAACCAACUACCUCUUUAUUCUCAUAGAGAUUACUCAGAUAUUUGAAAGAACGACUGUCGUCCCAUGUCAUUUCAACGGUUGUUGAGCAAAGGAGAUGAGGGAAAUCGUCUUCAAACUUCUCAUACAAAGCGGUACCGACUAGUUCUUCUCAGUGUGAGACUUCUAAGUAGAUCAUGUUCUCGAAAAUAUGAAAUCACACCAAAAAUUUCUUGAUUUUACAGGAAGCACAUCAGUAACAUUUGAUUCUGAUCCAACUAUCUGUAUUUUUUAACCGGUAAUUUAGGUACCAUAAACAGUAUAACGUGUAGGAUUAUAUAAUCAGAAAAGAUUUUAUAACUAUGGUUUCUAGUAUUCCUUGAGGUGGUUUUAAUUCAUAAUAAACUGUUUACAU